CACCACCACCAUGUCUCUUCAACGGCAGGACUUCUUUUCACAUACAUUUACACGCAAUCACAAACACACAUGUUUUCACGAAACCCGGUCCCGGCGAAUCGACACAGUUUUUCCUCAAACGCACUGAACAACCACGAGAGAUCUCGACCACAAAUCCCUAAACACUCUAACCACAGCAACAACGACCCAACUUGAUCCCAAUAAUAUUCCUACAGCAGUCAAUAUAUUUCCCAUGUGCAUCUAUUAUUUUAUAUAUUUGCUUAAUUAUCUUCGCCGACUAAAGACAGCUCAAAAGACGACUUUAAAUUGAGACGGCAGGGAAUGGCAAACGGUUUUAGCAGUUAAGAAACUACAAGGUUUUUAGCUUUCUUUCUCCCUUCUUUUCUCCUUUCUCGUGCAUUUUACUAUAUUUCAUCACAUAUACAUAUAUUUGCUAAUCUGUGGCUGUAUUAAUUUUAUUAUAUCGAGGGUGGAGAUAUAGACACAUAGGUAGGUAGGUAGAUAAAUAGAUAGAUAGAUAGAUAGACAGACAGACAGACAAGCAGAUUGAAUGACGACUGUGUUUGUUUUGCAAAGAUAAGAUGCUUGCCAAGAAGCCGGCUUUUUACCGAUCGAAUUAGGGUUGAUUAUUAAUCAACAUUGGUUAGUCAGAACACGUUCAAACGCCAAAAGGAAAAAAAGAAAAGAAAAAAUCUCCCAUUCUGCGAAAGAGAUUCCUUGUGCUUUUAUUACAACAAUAAAACAACAAUAACAAGCUAUUGUCAUUGUUAUUAAUGAUAAUAAUAACCACGAAACAAGAAAUAAUGACUCGGAAGAUUUAUGAACGUAAAGUCAGAGUCGUAGCUUAUGAAGAACGGCAGCAUUUCUCGUAAGUUCGAACGUUGCGAAAGAAUUCGCGUGAAAUUUGGUCCUUCUUCACUCCAACCAUUUGGUUUGAUAGCUAAUUCGUUAAGGCUUUAAUUAAUGUAAAUAAUAAUUGGUUGUAAUUAUCAUAGUAAACAACCAGUAGUUUUUUAAACUAUCAGCAUUAUCAUCAUCAUCAUCGUUUUAAUAUUUUGCUUCGAAUAAAUUGAAACGGAAGUAACCGAAACACCAACACAAACCACUUUGUUGCAAAGCUAAGCUCUGCUUAGAAAUUUGGAUUCUUCUUGUCUGCAACAUACAUAGGCUCGUUAUACAUACAUACAUACAUACAUACAUACAUACAUACAUACAUACAUACAUACAGACAGACAGACCCCCCCCCCAUAGACACACAGCUUAACAACUAUAGUCACCCAGAAACUAUAUAUGUACCCCCAUAUACAUACAUAGACAAAAUUAGAAAUACAUGCGUUUUCUCCUUCAACUGCACCCCCACCACGUUGCAUGUUGCACUGAUAACCACAACAACGUUAGGAACAUCAAACAUCUUAUACGUACGACAGAGGUUGGGAUAGCCCGGACACACACACACACACAAGAACAAAUAAGAGCAGCAAGAGAAAGUGUAGUUGUAGUUUCAAUCAACGCUGACAUUGUUGUUGGUGCGUGAGAGGUAGCAAGUGCGUGUUGUUUUUAACAGGCGCCAUCAGCACCGCUGUUGCUACAGUUGGUGUUGCGCUACUCCCGCCGUCCAUUGUGACUGCACUGCUGCUGCUGCUGCUAACGGUGCUGCUGUUAUUGUUGUUUCUGCUGCUGCUGCUGCUAGUGGUGUUGAUAUUGGAAACGGCGAUGACCAGAGCCAUGAUGAUGAUGAUGAUGUCGAUUGAUCUGCUGUGAUUGGAAUAAACGACAAUAACAAAGACCGAUCAAACCCAGCCCCCCCCUCCUCCUCGUCAUCCAGGCCAACCAGCCAACCAGCCACCCAACCAGCCAGCCAACCAGCCAAUCAGCCAGCCAACCAGCCAACCAGGCAAUAGAGACACUCUAAGAAAGACCUUAAACAGCUGCCACUAGCCACGGUUUUCAAACUGUCCUUACACCACCCCAGUGUGACGUGGGUGGCGGUAGCAGUGGUGGUGGUGGUGCUGGUGUCUCUCCCCACCACCGUCACCACCCUUUCUAUAUUCAUCUCUUGCUCAUUCAUUUGCUUACCCUCUCCCCCUCUCUCCCCCACUCUAUCUCUCCAUACUUGCACACAGCUGCUGCGCUGGUGUGUAACAUACUACUACAACUACUACUACUACUACUACAACUACUACUACUACUACUACUACUACUACUGCCAUCAUCAUCAUCAUCAUCGUCACCCUAAUUGUUGUUGGUUUUAUGAUUUAGAAAUGUGUUAAAAGGUAGAUAAGCACAGAAUUUGAAAAGAGAAAUAGUGAAAAGGACAAGAAACCCAGAUCUUAAUUAAAGUCGAUUCUUCGACAACAGUCACAGUAACAACAACAACAUUUCAAGCAUAAUAAUUAGUGUAAUUAACUAAACUGCAACCGGUGGUAAUUCCUUUAUUUAUUACAAUAUUUAAUUUGUCCUCCCCCUCCACGCCUACAGCCUCUCUCUCUCUCUCUCUCUGUUUCUACGCCCUCUCCCUCUUCUCUCUAGCAAUCCCUUUCGUUCUAUACCUACUUACCUAUCUACAUCUCUCUCUCUCUCUUUCUCUCUCUCUCUCUCUCUCCCUCUCUCUCUCCUAAUAUAUAUAUAAAUAUAUAUAUAUAUACAUGUAUGUAUGUAUGAGUGUGUGUGUGUUUGUACAUAAAUGGUUGGAGCUGCCGAGUGUGGUUACGUGAGACACCUUGGUGUAAUGAGUCCAUAUCUGCGUGGGUGCUCAUCUCACUAAGAGAGCUCUCUUAGGUGUGUGUGCGUGCGUGCGUGUGAGUGUAAGUGUGUAUGAGUGUGUGAGUGCGUGUAUGUGUGAAUGUGUGUGUGUGUGUGUAUGUGACAGUGUGAAAGGCAGGAAAAGCAGUGUCAAAAAACGAAAACCGGAGGGGUGGUAGAGAGCUGGCGUAAGAGCUAAGUGAUCAUGUGGACAAGUCUCUCCCUCCAGGCCCGUCAGGUAUUUGCAAGGAAACAAAGUAAUUCUCGAGUUUCGCUCAAAUAGCAUCACUUUUUUGCAAUUAGAUCUUUCUCUGUCGUUCACACACACACACACACACAUACACGCACACACACACGCACACGCACACGCACACACGCACACACACACGCACACACACACACACGGAUACCUAGCUGUUUAGCUUUGGUAUUUUGAUUUUUUUUCAUUCUUAGUUUCUUCGUCGAAUUUACCUGUAAAUAGCAGGUACAAAGAUCACGUUUAUAGACACACUGAGAAUAAGGGGGGAAAAGAAAGAGGACGGUGAGAAAAUGGAACGAAAGAGACGGGGGCGAGUAAACGAUGGGGGAGAAGGAAUUGCAAAUCAAUCAUUAAUUGAAAUAUAAUCAUUAAUAUUUUAACCACAAUCAGCGACAAUAUGUAUGAAACGACUAUAGAACAGUUUGUAUAUUCCUAACACGAUGCACGUGUAUAUGUAAACAUAUAUAUGUAUGCAUGUCUGUCGGUACAUAUACACAUAUAUGCAUAUAUGUAAAUAUUAAUGCCAAGCUGCAUCACUAUAUGCAUAGGUGCAUGCAAAUAUAGUUUAGUGUUGCAUAAAAAAUUGAAUUAUGAAAUAUUGCAUCGUUUGAAUUUUAUAUUUACAAAAUUUAAUUAAAAUAAAUUUCCACUUGUUUUCUGUCGACGACAGAAUUUCCACAAAGGUUAAAAACAACACCAUUAAUAUCAAAAGACAUUUAAGGUUUGUUUCCUUAACUUCUAGAGGUCGGGUGCAAAUUCUUGCUACGUUCAUUGUUUUAAAAUAUUAAUCUUUCUUUCACGUUUGAAAUCGGAGACAAUUUGAAAUGACAAGACAAAGUACAAAAAUUCAGCAUUGCCUUUUUAUAAAAAGAAAAAAAAUCAAGGAUCAGAUAAACAAUGGCAAAUAUCUGUAUGAAAGCCUUCUAAUCUAUAUUUUAUAUUGAUAUUGUAUCUAUGUAUAACCACACCAUUACACAUGUAUUACGGGGAGCAUACACACACACCCACGCGCAUACACACAGAUACUUUGAAAGGGGCACUCAGUCACUCAUAAAUACUUAUUUACUGUGCAAAAACCCAUUAUCCCUUGUAAUAUGCAGUGGUUGGUUGUCGACGCGAAAUGUCCAGUGUCCUGACUAGAAGGAGAACGAGUGAUACGAUUUUGGCUGUUAAGUACACUCCAUGCGCCGAGGAACAGACAGAUGAUGAGUUGGAAGAAAUUGCAAUUGUUAGUCGAGAUAACAGUAACGAGAAAAAACCCAGCGAAUUAGAUGUUGAGCAAAGUGUCACUGUAACCGUAAACGGCCCGCGCUUGCUUCCAGGUGUUGGCGUUUUCCAUUCUCCGUCAGACCGUACAAAAUUGAUAGGGGAACGCUUGAGUUCGCAAUUGUCGCUACCGUCUCCAGUUUACUCUAAUAAAGUUGUCGAACAAACAACUUGUAAAUCUACAUCUAAACAAAGUCUUCUUGAUAUUGUAAGUAAUCGUAUUGACAAAGCAAAACAGCGCACCAGAUCAGGCGAAGAUAUUGCUUUGAUGCGCAAGAUUCGUCCGACGGAACCUGUUACCACCCGAGAGAUUCGUAAACAACGCAAGAAAGAAAUCACCCAAAUUUUUGGUAACAAAAGACAACGGCAGCAAGAACGCAUCGAGACCUCAACCAAUAGUAGCGAUAAGAGUGGUUGUAAGUGGACAUUCGUUUUCGAUCCUUCGGGGCGGUUAUCUUAUUGGUGGUCUGCCGUGGUCAGUAUUGCAUUCCUGUAUAAUUUUUGGGUCCUUAUUUACAGGUUUGCUUUCCAAGAAAUUCGUACAGAAACUACUUACCUGUGGUUCACGUUGGACUACACAGCUGAUUUUCUUUAUAUCUUGGACAUCGCCUUCCAUUUUCGGACAGGAUUCCUUGAUGAGGGCGUGCUCCAAACAGAUGCUACCAAACUUAGGAUUCAUUAUAUGAACACAACUAGAUUUUAUAUUGAUUGUUUAUGCCUCUUACCUUUGGACUUUUUAUACCUUUCCAUUGGAUUCUGUUCAAUUUUACGUGGUUUUCGAUUGGUGAAAGUUUACAGAUUCUGGACUUUUUUAGACAGGACAGAACGCCAUACCAAUUACCCGAAUGUAAUCCGAACCACAACGUUGAUGCAUUAUUUACUGGCGUUAUUUCACUGGAAUGCUUGUCUUUAUUAUAUAAUUGUUUACAAGAUCGACAAAGCAACCGCAGACUGGGGUUUUCCUAAAGACGAGUCGGAUGUACUGAAACAAUAUCUACACGCUCUUUAUUGGAGUACCUUAACACUGACCACCAUAGGGGAUCUCCCUAUGCCACGAUCUACUGGAGCUUACCUUUUCAUCAUCUUUGAAUUAAUGUUUGGCUUACUCUUAUUCGCGACCGUUUUGGGUCACAUAGCGAAUAUUGUUUCGUGUGUCAGCGCAGCCAGAAAGGAUUUUCAAGCAAAGCUUGAUGGUGUGAAGACUUAUAUGACGUUGCGAAGAGUUCCGCUUAUUCUCCAAGAUCGGGUCAUUAAAUGGUUUGAUUAUUUAUGGAUGUGUAAUAAAUCGACGGAUGAAGAAAGAACGCUUAGUUUACUCCCAGACAAACUCAAAGCAGAGAUAGCAAUCCACGUGCACUUGGAUACAUUAAAACGGGUAGAAAUAUUCCAGAAUACUGAAGCCGGUUUCUUAUGUGAACUGGUCCUUCGGCUCCGUCCUGUCCUUUUCUCCCCUGGAGAUUAUAUUUGCCGGAAAGGUGAGGUCGGCAAAGAGAUGUACAUCGUAAACAGAGGUCGGCUGCAAGUUGUGGCAGACAAUGGCAAAACAGUUCUGGCCACUUUGAAGCCGGGUAGCUACUUCGGAGAGAUAAGUAUUCUUAACAUGGGUACAGCUGGAAAUCGACGCACAGCAUCAGUGAGGUCUGUGGGUUAUUCAGACUUGUUCUGUUUGUCAAAACAAGACUUGUGGGAUGUUCUCAAAGAAUACCCAGCGGCUAGGGUGAAACUGGAAUCUAUAGCAGUGAAGAGACUGGAGAAGUACAAGAAAGCACCAUUGGAAAAAGCUGCAUUGGCUAGAAGCAAAAGCACGCCGGGGCUGGUGGAGUCCCUGGGGCAAGUACCCGUCGAUGUGAUGACAAUGCAUCGGCACCAUACACUUCCAGCCGGGUUACCAAAAACCCAGAAUUCAUCUGCACCCAGCCGUGUUGGUAGUAUCCAUUCUAACUCUGGUAGGAGUGAUAAUGGCGAUGAGACCCGAAAAAGUGACAUGGCUGCUGGCCCUGAAACCAGCAACGGUCAUGUUAAUGAAGUUGUCAGAAUACAGGAAGAGACCAUGUCGAAAGAGUUUCACGAGGACACCAGCAGUAUAUGUACUCUGGCUACAUCAUUGACAAUAUCAAGUAUAAGUUCUAUGAUAGCAGUGAACUCAUCACCAAUGAAGUCGCCUCUAUGUACUGAUAACUCACGGUCAGUAUUUUCACCGCCAACAUCACCCCACUUACUUUACGGAAGUCACACAGAACAGUCACAAACACAGACCAUGCAAACUUUGCUUCCUGAAAUGUCGAUUGGUACCCCUCCGCGUGUGGUACCCUCACCUGUUUCAACUCAUCCUUACCAUCAGCAAAUUACUCCUUUCUGUCUACAACCCACUUCUUUCACCGUGAACACCACCCCCCAGGUAUCGACGUAUUUCACGCCGUUUUGUGCCUCAAACUAUUCUCCCUCCACACCAACAUUUUCUCGGUCUGUUGCUGGAAGUAUUCCUUCUUCACAGACCAAUCUUUGUCCACCGUUGUCACCAUUCCCUCCACCACUUUCGGUCAGCCCGUAUCCGGGACAAGCACCGAGCAUUCAAUUAAGUCCACUGCCUGGCAGCAGUGUUACUGGCAGUUUUACCGGAAGCCUCACGUCACCACGAGAUAUGUCUCAUGAUCUUCUUCUGCAAGAAAUUUCUAGUCUUCGAGAACGACUCAAUUGUUUGGAAAGUGAAAAUGCCGCCAUGACGGUAAAACUGAAUCAACAACAGUGGGAUGUAGAACAUCGACUUGCAGAAAUUGAGAUGCACAUGUGUGGUAGCGAUAGUGUGGCUAGUAUCGACGAAAGUCUUGAAGAAAAAUCAGGACUUUUGGAACCGGUAAACCGUGAAUCUAUUAUAUGAAUAGAUUCUCCUACUCUGGGGCUAAUUACCAAGGAUUUCUUUAAAAUGUGCAAAAUGCUGGAAUGACGAAACAGCAGAAAGAGAAGUAUCACGAAUAAACAUACCCCAAUAGGUUUAAACAAGCGGGAUGCAUACACAUAAAUAUCUAUAAAUUCACAUACACGGAUACAAUGUAUGUCUUCCGGGCUCUGCAUACAUAGAAACGAGUUGACAGAAAUAGGUUCUUCAUCAAAGUACUACAUAUAUAAUACACACACACUCAUACACAUACACACGUGUGUGUGUGUAUGUAUGUGAGUAUAUAUAUAUAUAUAUACACACACACUUUGUAAUGUACAAGUACUUAAAUAUUAGAAAGAUAAUUAUUAGAUAUAGAUAAUUUAGAUAGAUAAUUAUGAUCAUAUAUAUACCAACAACGCAUGUGUAUGCGUCUAAUUUACAUGCAUACAUCUAUGAAAGUACAUACACAUGUUUUUUAUAUGCAUACAGAUAUUAAAAUGCAUAUAUAUUGAUAUGUGUAUGAAUAUCUGACAAUUACUAGCGUAAGAUAUAACGAAACUGCACGAAAAUACAGGUGAAACGAUCUGAAAUCUGAAAAAUCAUGAAAAGGGCGAAAAGAGUUAACAAAGUUAUCUUUAACCGUUCAUGAAGAUUUAAAUAUAAGAAAUAUUGGAAUAUUUCUUAAUACUAACAAAAUAUUAACAAAACAUUAGCAAGCGAAAGGGAAGAAAAAGUAACCAUUAAUACAUGCGCGCGCACACAUACACACAGAGGUGCACACUCACACACACACAUAUAUAUACGUAUUUAUACACACGUAUAUGUCUAUAAAAUAUAUAUGUACAUAUGUGUAUAUAAACACACAUACAUGUAUGAACUCCCAUAUACACAAGCCUGCAGAUCCUGCAUGCAUGCAUACAAAUACACACACACAACACACACACCCAUAGCAAGUGACAUAAACAAAAAGAUUGGAUUUGAAAUAAGAAACAGCAACAAAAUACGGUAACUAAGUUAUAUUUUUCAUAAACAACAUAAAUUGAAAGGUGAAACGAAAAACAGAUAAAAGCGGUUGGACCCACAAUUUUUCAGUCCUCUUAAGAGAUUGGAAUUAAACACAAGCCAUUCCAAUAACCUAGAAUUGGUGAAGAAGAACACGAAGAACAAGAACUGACAAAAAAUCAUUCUUUAAAAAUUUAUACGAAAGCUAUCACUGAUCAAAGGAGUACAUUUUGGAAAUACAAGAAUUUUUACAUAUUUGAAUUUGAACAAAGUUUGAUGGGUUUUUUUUCGAUAUGGGAGAGAGAGAAAAACAAAACUCCAUUAGGAGUAAGUUAUUAAAUAUAAACAUACCAAAGAGAUUCAUGGUAUUAUGUGGGUGGAUCCGUGCUUCACUGCUUGAUUCUCAAUGACCAUUUUUAUAUUAUUUUAAAUUUCCUCUCAUUCUCUCCCUUGACGUGUGAACUCUUCAAGUUGUUACUCUGGAUUAGGAGAGAUUCUGCUGUUCUCUUAAGUUGUUUGUUUGUUUGUUUGUUUCUAUAUUUACUUUUAGAAAAAUCAAUAAUAAAUAUGGUACCCAUUUAAUUAUAUAAACGAAUACAUACACACACAAGCAAACACACACGUACAUAGAGACAGAAAAACAUACAUACAGAUGUAAGCAUACAUACAAGCAAAUCAGUCAGGCAGACAGACAGACGAGAAAGACAGACAGACGAGAAAGACAGACAGACGAGAAAGACAGACAGACGAGAAAGACAGACAGAUAGAUGGAUAGAUAGAUAAACUGCUUGAUAGACAGACAGACAGAUAGAUGGAUGGAUAAACUGCUUAACAGACAGAUAGACAGACACACACACAGAUGGAUAGAUAGACAGGAAGAUAGAUAGAUAGACAGAUAGAUAGAUAGACAGGAAGAUAGACAGAUAGAUAGAUAGAUAGAUAGAUAGAUGUCCAGAAUGCUACUUGUAUGUCUUCCAUAUGAUUACCAAAAAUCUUAAGAAUUAUUAAUCACGUGUUAGGUGGAAUAAUAAAAAAGACAGGAAAAAUAAUAACAACAAUUAUUAUUAUUAUGGAAUGGUAAAAUGAUGGUGAUAAGGCAGACAUAUAAAUAUAACUUAUUUUUUAAACCUCAAUGAAAACAUUUCAACCAAGGGAAAUCACAUUAAGUAACAUUUAAUAAGAAUAAUGAAUUUUUUUUAAAGUAUUAAUUAAUAAUAAUAAUAAUAAUAAUAAUAAAAGGUGGUGUGGAAUACGAAGAAAGUAUUUAUAGCGCAAUAACAUGAGUAUACAUUAGAAAUAAUAUAAGCACGUACCCAGACAUGUAUACAUACAUGUACAUCCCACAUGCAUUCACACACACACACACACACACACACACGCCAAUAUGAAGGUACAUCAUUUUACAAUGACAUUGAUCAUAGCCCCACCUACUUUCUAGUUAGUUCUAGAGUACUUUCACUGAAUGAACUUUUUGAUUAGACGUAUUAGAACGUGCUUUGUAAGGGUCAUGUGUCUAAUUACUAUGUGUGCGUGUGAGUGUGUAUGUAUGUGUGCAUGUACAUAUAUAUAUAUAUAUAUAUAUAUAUGUAUUUAUACAUUAAAUAUAUAUACAUCACUAUAUAUAAGAUAUAUAUAUAUAUAUAUGUACAUAUAUAUAUAUAUAUGCAUUUAUGUAGAUAUUAUACGUACAUAUAGUAUAUUUAUGUAUGUGUGUAAGUGUGCAUGUAUAUAAUCAUUGUUAUUGAUAUUUGUAUGUAUGUGUGUGUGUGUAUCAUAUUAGCGUAACUAUCUUUAAGUUACAUAGUUCCCCAUGUAAAGUGUCACACAAGAAUAUUUUAAUGAAACAAGUCUCUUAACUGUGGAGAAAUAAACAUCGGAUUAGCGCUCAAAUGUUCUCAAAACAAGUAUUGGUGAUACUUUCGUAUUUCCGUCUAGAUCUCUAUUGAAUGAGCGUCGAAAAUAAGCAGUGAAGGAAAGAACGAUACUAGCGCACAUUUUUGAUUCUUAUUAGAUAUCUUCAGCAAAGGAUAGUUUUUACCGUAUCUUUGCGUAGAUUUGUAACAAUAAAACUGUUAUAGUCCAACUAAACUUUGGUAGUUAUCAGGAUAUUUGAGAUACACCAACAACAGCUAUUCCAAGAGUUACUACAAUAAUAGGUAUAAUAAUGAAUAUUAUUAUCAUUUAUAUAUAUAUAUAUAUAUUUGUUGCGUAAAUGAAAGGAACAAUUCAUUAUAACGCAAUAUGUAAUACUAACUAGGCAUAGGGUCACACAAAUUUAUAGGGACAAGAGUAUUCAAUCAACUCUCUUCCCGUAUAUUACUGGGGUUUAUAUUUGGUGGGGCGGGUGUCCUAUACACGGAUGGAGGAAAGGUAAAGUCGGCACUGGUGAGAUUUGAACACACAACUCAAAGGUAAUAAUUAAAUACCACUGGACAUUUUUGUCAAACGCAGUAUCGUCAUCAGCCAGUGAAUGCUACUAAUAAUAAUUAGUUCUUAUAUUUGCCUUAAGGGCAACGAUAACAAUAAUAAUAGCAACCAACAGCAAAAAACAACAAUACUACUACUACUACUACUACUACUCAUAAUAAUAAUAAUAAUAAUUUCUUUAUUUUAUUUAUUAUUUAGUGAUGAUAAAUCAGGAAAGUAAUAGAUAGUUAAAAAGAAUAGAUAGCAUGGCAUUGUAGGCAGCAGGCAACAAGCCCGCUGCGCAUGCAAGACUCCAGGAGUUCCAACAGAACCUGAAGUAAAAAGAAACAACAAUAAUAAUAACAAUAAUAAUAACAAUAAUAAUCAACUGCUCCUGAUUUUAAGAUCGUUUUAUAUAAUUUAAUGACUGACAGUAUGGACACAACAAGAACUACAUUAAAUAAUAAAGUGAUUUUGGUAAUUCCUUAAGAGAACGUGCUUUGAAGGAAUCUUCUAGAAUCCAGCUGGCAUUGAGAAGUAUGAACAAUGGCAAAACUCGAAUUCUGGAGACACAGAGUAAGACACUUUGUCGUUUUCGUUUUUGUUUUUUGUUUGAUUUUUGGUAUUUUUCUUUAAUGCUCUAAGCAUUGAACUUAUGGGUACGUAACGUGACUACGAUACACAAACUAGUUCCAUUUACCGAAAUUAAGAAAGGGUCUUUCAGUGAGAACUCUGAAGACCGGUACGAAAUGAAGAUAAGUAAGCUGGUCUUUCGAGUUUUGCCAUUGACUGAUACUUCCUCAACGUUCGUGUUGUCGAGUUGGAGACAACAACUAUUCCAGUCAAUGCUUAUUUCUGUCUGGCUUUCUAAGUCCCAGUUGUAAAAGUCAUGCCCUGGCACCCUAAACAAAAGAUUUUCGAAGAAAGAACUACAGCACACGACACUGCUGAUGAUAUUUUCAAAAUUCAGUAGUGCUCUCUUUUUUCCUUUAUUGAUAUUUUUUCUAUUCAUUUCCUUUGCUUCUUUUAAUUAUCUUUCUUGUGAUGCACUCUCGAAGGAAGGGAAAACACAAAAAGAGAAAAAUAUAUACUGUUUUCAUUGACAUAAUUCAAGUCAUUUGUCAGACGAUUUUUUCCUUUCUUCCUUAUUUUUUCAACCUGUUUAUUAGCAGAGCUAAUUUGAAUAGCUUUGUAGUGUAUAAAUAUAUAUGAAUUGGCGGGGUGUGCCUUUCUCACGCCGCUAACGAUUACUGGACAUUUUUAGAAGUUGCAAGGAGAAACUCAGAAUGCCAUACAUACUUAUAUAUAUACGUACAUAUGUGUGAGUGUUUGUUUGUGUGCGUGUGUGUGUGUGUGUGUGUGUGUCUGCGUGUGUGUGUGUGUGUGUGUGUGUGUGAUUUAACAAUUAUGGCAAAAUUGUGCAAAAUUUAUUCACACCAUAAUGUAUUUUAAAGUGAAACAUUUGUAAAAGCAAUGACUUCCAAUGGUUUGUUUUGUUAUGGUCUUUGUUUUUGUUUUGUUUUUUGUUUUUUUGGUGAUGGGGACAUUUUUGUUCUUAUUUAGUUUCUUUUUGUUGGGGGUUUUUUUUCUCUUUCUGUCUUGCAACCAAAUAUUUUAUCACAAAUUUGAGAAAUCAAGGCCGAUUAUGUAAAUUAUGUCAACAUAAAAUUUUAAAAUAUAUAAAGCUAAAGAAUUAAAAUGCAAAAUGAAAAUAAUUGAAACAACGCAGCAGAAUCUCGUCAGUUCUCUUGUUUUCUGUUGUUUUCUGUUGUUGUUGUUGUUUUUUUCAGCAACAAAUUUGCGAUUUUCAGAAAACAAAACAAAAAACCAUCUUAUUAAAUAGCUUUGGAAGUCUUGUGUUUUUUUUAAAUAUAUCGGACAUUUUUCAAAUAAAAGAAUAUUUAAUUUCUGUAUGCGAAUAUGUUUGUGUAUGUGCUCAUGUAGUUAUGUUCCAUCUAUAUAUUGUUAGAUGUAUUAUUAUUCUUAUUAUUAUUAUUGUUAUUAUUAUUAUUAUCAUCAUCAUUAAUUUUAUUAAACCUGGCAGUAGAUGUGUGUGCGUGUGUCUGUGGCUUUCUUAAUGUUUACAUGCAUCUUAUUUAUUCUACUAAAUUAUCUACUGUAUAAGUUACAUGCAGAUAAGGCUGACUCGAUGCGUAUGAAUAGUUACAUAUAUGUUACAAUAUAUACCAUAUAUGUAUUCACUAUGUCGGUAUGUGUAUGUAUGUGUGUAUGUGUGAGUGUACCUAUUUUUCCAAGAUCAUUCUGAAUAAUUAAAUUCCCUUAAAUACCAUCCUUCUUGUGUGUUUAUGGAAACAUGUCCUCAACUACCACUUCCACCAUUUACUAAAUAACGUCAUCCUUGCGUCGUAUAUUAAAUUUAUAUGAGGGUAACAAAAUAUAUAUAUAUAUAUAUACAUCGAUUACGUACAAUUAUGAACUGAAAGUAAGAAAAUUAUGAAAUGAAAGAUGGCACCCGUAGCCAGCCUGGCAAAGCAACAGUAAGUGAAUUUGUUGGGGAGGUCACCUGAGUCUUAUUGAAGAGCUCAAGGUAACGAGGCUUAAAUCAGUUCUUUGUGGAAACUUUGCGAAUGUACGGUUUUAUAUCACCUUGCUUCUAUAGUUCAUUUAUUGAUAUGUUAAUAAACACAUUGGAUGCGUGUUCAAAUUCAUUAACAAACCAUCAAUUGUAUCAAUAACAAUGGAAGCAUGUGAACAUUUGAUGGCAAUUUUGAAGAUAACUAAUACAAUUGCCUUUAGACAGUGAAUCAUAAAUCAAAGAUAAUCUCACUCACAACCAACAAACAGAUCCGGUUGGUCUGUAGCAUUCUUAAUCAUUUACAAUGGCCAAGUGUACAAAGGUGUUGACUUUUGUGGCUGAAGCACUGUGAGUUCGUGUCUCGUCACUGGUGUUAUGUUAUACACUAGACAAGACGUUAGAUAUAUUUUCGUCCAACUUUCAUAUGCCAAAUGAGAACGAAGGACGAGAUACGAAGACAUCUAAGCGCCGAACUAACAGACAAUUAUCAAGUAUUUUGACAAUUUAAAGAGCCAAAAUCGAUCUUUUUUUAUAAUAGAAAAUAAAUAUAAUUUAAAUAAACCUAAUUCCUUAUGUGGUGUGUGUGUGUAUAUAUGUAAUUAUAUACAUAUAUGUGAGUGUGCAUGAAUAUAUCAAUAGACUUAUCACUGUGUAUGUAUGCAUGUACAUUCGUUUAUAGGGAUGUAUAUACAGACAUACAUAUGUGUGUGCAUGUGUGUGUGUGUAUGUUGGGCGUGCGUGCGUGUGUGUUUCUGUGCUGAUCUUUACAAUAUAUAUAUUUAUUUCUAUAUAAAAAGAUAAAUCAUUCCAAAACAAUGACGUGGUUGUUUCAAAAACAGAAACUUCUCUUCUCCUUGCAACUUCAAUUUAAUCUUUUCAAUUCUUUGCUUUUUAAUGUAUUUACCACUUCAUAACUUAUCGAUUUGGUCGCUUAAGCCAACAGGUGUGUGAUCAACCUUGAAGAAGGCUAACAUUUGCUUUUUUCCUCUCAUCUUAUAUAUAUAUAUAUAUAUAUGUGUGUACAUACAC